CUUAAACAUAGACCUGUCAAACAACACAAACGCCAUCUUGACAGCACCCUCAAAAUGGCAGAAAUGGGUGAGCUAGAAACCGAGUCCGAGCUAAGGUACCUGCUCACUGCUAUUUAAAAAACAGACUCGUCAGUUCUCCCAUAAACGAGAGGUUAUGGGGUUGGUGCCCUACGCGGCAGCACAGAGCCUGUAAAAUGGAUAUACCGACGGCGGUUUUCAACGCGGCCAGAGAUGGUAAGCUGAAACUUAUCCAGAAGUUGCUGAGCAACAAAACUCCGGAGGAGCUGUCGGCUUUAGCCGAGGAGAAAACACAGGGAGGCACCCCGCUGUUGGUAGCUUCUCGAUACGGACAUUUAGAGGUGGUAGACUACCUCCUUGAACAUUGUAAAGCGAAUGUUGAACUCGGGGGGGCGGUGAACUUUGACGGCGAGACUAUCGAGGGGGCUCCGCCGCUAUGGGCAGCUUCGGCAGCCGGUCACCUCCCUGUGGUGAAGACACUACUCAAACACGGUGCCUCGGUGAACAACGCAACGCUAACUAACUCAACGCCGCUCCGAGCUGCCUGCUUUGACGGUCACCUGGAGAUCGUCCGCUACCUGGUGGAGCACAGAGCCGACAUGGAGGUAGCCAACCGCCACGGCCACACCUGCCUCAUGAUCUCCUGUUACAAGGGCCACAAGGAGAUAGCCAAGUUCCUCCUGGACCGCGGUGCCGAUGUCAACCGCAAGAGUGUAAAAGGAAACACCGCCCUCCAUGACUGCGCCGAGUCAGGUAGUCUGGACAUCAUGAAGAUGCUGCUAAAGUGCAAUGCUCGCAUGGAGAGAGAUGGCUACGGAAUGACCCCACUCCUCGCUGCAAGUGUAACCGGUCACACCAACAUCGUAGAGUAUCUCGCCCACCAGCCUCGCACCUCCAGAGAGGAACGCAUCAAUGCACUUGAACUCCUCGGGGCUACUUUUGUGGAUAAAAAGCGGGAUCUCUUGGGGGCUAUGAGGUACUGGAGAAGGGCCAUGGAGCUGAGGCAACCAGGGGACAAAGCUGGAUUCCUGGCUAAGCCUCCGCCUGGCCCUCCUGUCCCUGCCUAUGGCUGUGCACAGGAGGUGAGCACCGCAGAGGAACUGGAAGCUUUGAUCACAGACCCUGAUGAAAUGAGGAUGCAGGCUUUGUUGGUUCGAGAGCGCAUCCUAGGGCCAUCCCACCCAGACACCUCUUAUUACAUCCGCUACAGGGGAGCUGUGUAUGCUGACUCAGGCAACUUUGAACGCUGCAUCAGCCUGUGGAAAUAUGCUUUAGACAUGCAACAGAGCAACCUGGACCCUCUCAGUCCCAUGACAGCCUCUAGUUUCCUGUCCUUUGCAGAACUUUUCUCUUUUGUUCUCCAGGAUCGGGCCAAAGGCACCCUAUCAACGCGCGUCACCUUUCAUGAUCUGAUGACUGUACUGGGGAAAAGUGUGAGGGAGGUGGAGCGAGCUGUGGCGCAGAGGGACAACCCUCCAGAGGCUCCUCAGUUCACCAAAGCUCUCUCCAUCAUCCUGCACCUCAUCUUUCUACUGGAGAAGCUGGAGUGCAGCCCGGAGCAGGAGCAUCAGAAGAAGCACACAGUGUACCGUCUGCUGAAGCUGAACCCUCGAGGUCGGAGUGGCUUCACCCCCCUCCACAUGGCUGUGGACAAGGAGACCACGUCUGUUGGCCGCUACCCCGUCGGCCGCUUCCCCUCCCAGGCGGUGGCGGCUCUGCUCAUCGAGUGUGGCGCAGACGUUGAUUCCCGUGACAGUGAAAACAAUACGCCUCUGCACAUCGCUGCUAACAACGGCUGUCCAGAGAUUAUGGCACUACUUAUGAAGGCCGGGGCUCACUUUGACGCCACAAAUGCACAGAGGAAGACAGCCUACAAGCUGCUGGAUGAGCAGAGCACCGGGCAGCCGGCCCUCUACCCUCUGAACUAUGUCACCCUUCAGUGCCUGGCGGCGCGUGCAAUUGAAAAGCACAGACUGCCCUACAGGGGACUCAUUUCUGAAGAGAUGGAGGCUUUCAUUGAACUGCACUGACUUCCACUACUGUCCCCCGUUGAGCCACCUCUGCACUACUCUUCCCGUUGUCCCCCGUACCUUACUGUGACCUGCCACAAACUUACUUCUCUACCCUAUUCUCUUGUCUUUGUCUCCUUUUGGCCUCUGCUUCGCUCCUGGCCCUACCAGCCUUGUCUCAGACCAAACCAUAGCAAUAAACAUCCAGCCUCUGGACUAAAAUCUCUGGCUGAGAUCUGGUCAGUUAUCGCUUGAUUCUAAUGUUAAGCCACAUAGACUUCGAAAGUGAUAGUUGGUUUAAACUCAUAUUUAAAGCCGGGUGGAACCUUUAACUUGAUAUAGGCUUUAAUGCAGUUGCCCUCUUUUUGUCCCAGGAAAAAGGAGACUUGCAGUAUGAUGGUGCUUGUGUUUGGUGGCUGGCCUGUGUGAAAGAUAGGAAGCGUCUGAUCAAACGUGCCAGAUAACAUGCAUGAAAGUGACGAGUGAAUAUGGUAGCUCUCUUGUUGUUUUUGAAAUUAAUUCAGAAAGAAGUGUUUGAACAAACUCAACCACCCAAACAUGCUUGUUGGUUGGAAAAAAAAAAACACCCAAGCCAUUUAGCUGCUUCUCCUUGUUCACAUAUACCAUCCACUAUGCUGCUUUGAUAUGGAAAGUUGUUUGAAUUUGCUGUGCCAAAUGUCAGCCAUGGAGCCAUGUUUUGUUACAGACUGUAAACUGGUGGCGGAAUCAAAAGCAACUACUAACUUACUCUUAGUUAUAAACUAAAGU